GUGAGUUCCUCAUAUCCGUGUGGAGAUUGCGAAGGCACGCCUUCUCCUCAUACAGGCUGUUCGCACAGAAGACUCCACAAGCCACAAGGGUGGUGCAAAAAUAUACAGAACACUGCAAGGAGACCGGGCUUCGAUCAUCUGUUCACCGCAGUGUACACUAUGACGGAUGGUGACUAUGAUUAUCUGAUUAAGCUCCUGGCCCUUGGAGAUUCCGGUGUUGGGAAGACCACCUUCCUGUAUAGAUAUACAGACAACAAGUUCAACCCCAAAUUCAUCACCACAGUUGGAAUAGACUUCCGGGAAAAGAGAGUGGUUUACAACAAUGCAGGUCCAGGUGGCACACAGGGCAAGACCUUUAAGGUGCAUUUACAGCUGUGGGACACAGCCGGACAGGAGAGGUUUCGGAGCCUCACUACAGCGUUCUUCAGAGAUGCAAUGGGUUUCCUUUUAAUGUUUGAUCUCACAAGUCAACAGAGUUUCCUGAACGUUCGGAAUUGGAUGAGUCAGCUUCAAGCAAAUGCUUACUGUGAGAAUCCCGAUAUUGUAUUAAUUGGCAACAAAGCGGACCUGUCAGAUCAGAGAGAGGUCAAUGAGAGGCAAGCAAAGGAACUUGCCGAUAAGUAUGGAAUCCCAUAUUUUGAAACAAGCGCAGCAACCGGACAGAAUGUGGAAAAAUCAGUAGACACUCUUCUGGACUUGAUAAUGAAACGCAUGGAGCAGUGUGUGGACAAGACCCAAGUACCAGAGGCAGUAAACGGAGGAAACUCUGGAAAAUUAGACGAAGCAAAAGUCGGAGAAAGAAAAUGCGCCUGUUAGAAGAAAAAGAAAUUUAAAGAAAAAAUAACUUGUCUGGACUGUGAGAAUCUUCUACGGCUAAUGUGAAAUGGCUGAGGAACCGCCAGGCUGCCCCCUAGUGGUCAGUGUCUACUCUGAAGCCAUUCAUAGCAUCAUACCAUUAACACAGUCUUCAAAGAAAAAAUAUAUAUAUGAAAAUCCCGUUGACAACCCUUCCCCACCUUUUAGUUGUUACGGUAUCCGCCAUCAUCUCUUGUGAAGAAAGUGUUAAUCUUAUAUAUUUAUAUGCAUUCAAAAAAAUAUGUUUCUUACUGGGAAAAAAAAUGGUAACUGAGGUUAAAAUGGGAUAUUUUAUGUUGUUUUAAAUCAUUCGGUGUAGAUUAUAACUUUGGAUUGGGUAUGCAAGCACGGCAAUCGAUUUACACAACCUGGACGCUCCUCCCCAUGCUCCUCCAACUUCUGGAUUUCCCGAUGAUGUUUAUAUCCGGACGACAAGAGGUUCUAGCUGUCUACCAAACCUUUGUGAAUGAUUCCGACGUAUCUUCUCGUCUCAUGUUUUUUGCUUGGUGUGUACGUGUUGCUAUCGAUAAACCAAACCGUGUCGCAAUCAGGGAUUAUUCUCUGGCCCAUUUGUCACUGGGGUGCUAAAGAUUUGAUGUAUAUUUGGUUAGUCUAUAUGAUAGUCCUUGGUUCUUGUAAGUCAAGCUCCUAAAAGGGGUGGCGCUUAUCAGAAUGUGGGCAGGGCUUUUGUAUCUCAUAAAGGUCCUAUCAGUGGUG